AUGGUGCUAGUAGGCUACUCCGACUCCGAAGGCUCAGACGCCGAGCCAGACACUACACCCGCACCCCAGGUUAGCAAGGCACCCCAGGUUAGCAAAGCAAAGAAGUUAGGCUCCAAAACUGGGUUCCAGAUCGACCCCAACAACCCGGGCAAGAUCCGCCUCGCAAUUCCAGAAAUCAAAUCUGAACACCCAUCCGGCGAAGACACAGAAGAUGGUCCGCGCAAGAAGGCUCGGUUGGGUGGAGGAGGCCUUUCGGGAUUCAACGCUUUCCUUCCAGCCCCGAAACGAACAGCCGAAAAGAAAGCACCAGUGGCGACAACACGAAAAGUGUUUAGUCUCAAAACAGGAGCAGGCCCUGGAUUUGAUCGCACCUCCGAUGCAGAGAUGAAGAAUGAUUACGCCUUCGAAAAUCUAGCGGGUGGAGAUGCGGAGGACACCAUACCUGCCCCCGGCUCAAACACCGACACUGCAUCAGAAGCAACGGCGGAGACAAUGAAACCCCCAGCUGAGGUUAAAUUGCAAGGAAAUCCGAUGAUGUUCAGACCGUUGUCCGUCGGACGACCUCAAAAGAAGAGAAAGACCACCAAGAUUGCCGAGCAACCAAUACCUUCCUCGUCAGCAGCGCCGAAACCUGCUCAGCCUCUACAGCAAGCCCCUGCCCCUGCACCUUCACCCGCACCUUCACCCGCACCUGCACCACCAAAACCCAAAGUCAGUCUCUUCUCCCUAUCCUCGGACGAGCCCACCUCUCAGCCAACCCCGACGCCUGGAUCAUCAGCAACCUACCAGCCGCUGGUAUACAACGCCGAAGGCGAAGAAGUACCAGCAGCUGGCCCAGUACUCGCCGAGCACACACCAAUCGCCAUGGAGCAUUCGACGGCAACAGUAUCAACCAAUCCUACAUCGUCCUUGGACAGCAUUGCCAAUGAUCUGAACUUGUCCAAGGCCGAAAGACGCCAGCUCUUCGGUCGAAACGCCAUGCCGUCACAGUCACAGGUGCGUACGUUCAACACAGACGAGGAGUACGCAUCAAACCAGGUUCUGGCGCAAGGCGAGCUGGCCGGAGCACAGCACAACCCUGUGCGCGCCAUUGCGCCGGGCAAGCAUACUCUCCAGCAAUUGCUCAAUGUUGCAAGCUCGCAGAAGGAAGCUUUGGAAGAAAGCUUCGCAACGGGCCGGAGAAACAAGAAGGAAGCUGGAUCCAAGUAUGGAUGGUAG